AUGGUUGGCAGCCUGUUUAGCCUCGGCAAUGAGUGCCUGUCAGAGAACACGGACAGCUAUUUGCGAGAGAAGUUUGCCAAAGCUAAGCCCAAGAGCAAGGCCAAGGUCAAGGUGCGGAAAGACCCAAGCCGAACAGCAAAGACAGAGCAGGGAGAAAGCAGAUCAAAACACUGUGCAGGACCUCAACAAGAAGACCUAGAUGAGGCGGAACGAGACUUGCUGGGCUUGUCACGAGAGAGUGAUGGGGCAGAUGAGCCUGGUUUCACCUCCCAGGUGAGCGAUCGCUUGGAGCCCUUGGAUGCAGGUCCUGCGCAGCGCUUAGCGGUGCCGAGUGCUUUGCUCUUCUCCAAACGGAGCUGCUCCGAAGGUCAUCAGCUGUGCUGCUAUGUCAUCGCCAGAAGUGCAGCCUUGUGCGACAACUGCGACCUGAUGCAAAAACCUGGAGAAGUUGUUUUUGGAUGCAGCACUUGCGACAGUGAACUCUGCGCAAAGUGUGCUCUGAGUACAGCUACAACGGAAGAAACUGACGAGAGUUUGGAACUGAUUGCAAAAGUAAUGCACAUGUUCUCGGGGGAGAGUGCAACACGCUUUGUUGCCACUCCUACUGGAGCCGUGCUGGAUACAUCUGUGCAGCCGCAGUUGCCUGAUGAGAGGGAGGUCGCGCGCAAAGCUGAAGGGCCAACAAGGCGAAGAAUUGCCAAUGAGGUCGAUGACUCUGAUUGGAAGCAGCAAACGGGUGGCUAUCCAAUGCAGGGUGUGUCCGAGGUGGACAAGCACCGAGAUGUACUUGGGGAGCUCUUGGAAGAGCAGGAGCGCCCCAUUCAAGCAAGGCAUUUGGAUCGCCGUGGAUGCUUCAACUCAUCCUAUGUGCCUGCAACAUCUUCACCCUCUUCACGACACCGCACAGAGAGAGCCAGUGCCGAGGAGACAAACUUGAUGGAUGAGAAUGCAGCCAAAGAGCGGCCGAGUUGGGCAGUGGAUGGCAGUGAGCCAAAAGAGAUACCAGUGGUGCCACUGGAACGAACUUUUGAUUUGACACUUACACUCACAGGAGACUUUGUGGAUGAGCUGGCGAGAGGCUAUUCCCAACCCUGGUUCCAAGAGCUUCUCAAGCGCUGUUGCGAAGAGUGCGCUGAUCGAGAGAAGUUUCUUGAACGCUUGCAGGAUGUGGCCUUUGAGGUCCAACGACCCAUUCUCGAGAACUGGGGAUUCGAAGGCAACGAGCAGGGCGUGUAUGACAUGACCUCCAUUCUACUGGAGCACUCCAGGGCUGCACCAAGCUGGCUGCAGGAGAAGAUCGAUCGCUGCCUCUUUCUGCUCUACGGUGGCCAAGAUGGCAUUGUUGGUUGGGAAGCAGCUGCAAUGGCCCAACGGAGAAAAGGGAGCUAUAUCACAAUUAUCACAACAAGGUUUGUUCUUGAGCUUCAUAUUUCCUGCAACAGCGCACACAUUUUGCAUUGA